AUGUAUGAACUUAUAUGGGAUCAUCAUUAUAACCAUUAUCAACAGCCCAAGUCAGUAGAUACAACACCACCUCUCUAUAUAUCAUGUAGUGCCAUCUCUUUUUUUUUAUUUCAAGUUUCAUUUUGUGACAAACGGCAACGACAUUUUACAUUAAAAAAAAAAAAAGAAAAUACAAAGAAAACCGAGUCGCCUCUUUUUGUUGAACUUUUUCUUUUUUGGCUGUCUGUAUAUAUUCAAACUAAAUCUGUUUUUUUUUUUGGCACAUCCUUUAAUUUACUUAGCAAAAAGAAAAAAAAAUUUUGUAAUCCUUUUCUUUUCCUUCUUCAAUUUAGACAACCAACCGUCUUUUCAAUUAUCUAUUCCAUUUAA